GAUCGGUGAGCGCAAUUAGCGGGAAAAAUGAACAUCGACGAGUUUCGCGUUCACGGCAAGGAGAUGGUCGAGUACAUUUGCAACUACAUCCGGACUCUCGAGGGCAAACGAGUUACGGCGAACGUGGAUCCCGGCUACCUGAGGCCUCUUUUGCCCGACGAAGCGCCCUUGAAGCCGGAAUCUUUCGACGCCAUCAUGAGAGACGUCGAGGGAAAAAUAAUGCCUGGGAUAACGCACUGGCAGCACCCGCGUUUCCACGCGUACUUUCCCUCUGGCAACUCGUUCCCCUCGAUCCUCGGCGACAUGCUGUCCGAUGCCAUUGGGUGCAUCGGCUUCUCCUGGGCGGCCUCCCCCGCCUGCACCGAGCUCGAGAGCAUCGUCCUCGACUGGUACGCCAAAGCCAUCGGCCUCCCGGAGGCAUUCCUCUCAUCCCCCAAGCAGGACAUCGGCAGCGGCGGGGGCGUCAUCCAGGGCUCGGCCUCGGAGUGCGUGCUCGUGACGAUGCUGGCCGCCCGCGCCCAGGCCAUCCGCGCCCUCCAGGAGCAAGAGGGCCCCGGCGAGGACUCGGGCUUCCUGCCCCGGCUCGUGGCCUACUGCUCCACGGAGGCCCACUCCUGCGUCGAAAAGGCCGCGAUGAUUUGCCUCGUGAAGCUGCGCGUCCUCCAGCCGGACGAGGCCUGCCGGUUACGCGGCCCCGUCCUCGAGGCAGCCAUGGUCGAGGACCUCGAGCGCGGACUGUCGCCCUUCUUCGUCUCGACGAGCCUCGGCACCACGGGCUGCUGCGCCUUCGACGAGCUCCGCGAAAUUGGGCCCGUUUGCCGGCGUUUCCCCGGCGUCUGGCUACACGUCGACGCCGCGUACGCCGGCAGCUCGUUCAUCUGCCCCGAGCAGCGCCCCCUCAUGGCCGGCAUCGAGUACGCCGACUCGUUCAACACGAAUCCCAACAAGUGGCUCCUCGUGAGCUUCGACUGCUCCUGCCUGUGGGUACGCGACCGUCUCAAGCUCACCUCGGCCCUGGCGGUGGACCCGCUCUACCUGCAACACGCCAACUCGGCCGAGUCCAUCGACUACCGGCACUGGGGGAUUCCCCUGAGCCGGCGUUUUCGGGCGCUCAAGCUCUGGUUCGUGAUGCGCUCGUACGGGCUGGUGGGCCUCCAGGCCUACAUCCGCAACCACAUAAAGCUCGCCCAGCGCUUCGAGACGAGGCUAAGGCGGGAUCGGCGCUUCGAAUUGCUGAACGAGGCUCGCGCCGGUCUCGUCUGCUUCCGGCUCCGCGAGCCGGCCGGCGGCGGUGGCUCUCGCGGCGACGAGCUCAACCAGGAGCUGCUCGCGAGUAUCAACGCCUCGGGCUGCUUGCACAUGAUCCCGGCGCGGGUGCGCGGCCGCUACGCCUUGCGGUUUUGCGUCGUGCACGAGCACGCGACCGAGCGAGAGGUCGACUGGGCUCUCGAGUGUAUCAGGGAGCACGCGAGCGAGCUGCUGCUGAUGGCCGACACGCCGGUGGAGGAUGAGCUCAAGCAGGCCCUGGCGGCGGCCAAGAGUCCCAAGAGCCCGAAGCAGCUCGACCGCAAGCUCGUGCGCAAGUUCAGCUUCACCCGGGCGGUCAGUCGCGACGCGUACCGGCGCUCGCGGUCCAAGACAAGCUUGCACGACGGCGCUACCCCGAUCAUGGUGCUCGAGGACAGUUCCAAGGCUAUCGACACCAUCGACGAGGACGAAGACUCGGUCUUUUGUGACAGCCGGUAG